AUGGUCUCACUUAAUAACAAAGUUAUUGCCGUGUUUGGUGUCACAUAUAAGAGCAAUAUAGCCGAUCUUACAAAUUCACCUGCAAUAGCCGUAUGCAAAUCUCUCUUGAAGGAAGGUGCUAUACUACGCAUUUUUGAUCCUUUGGUGACUGAGAAUGCGAUCAUGGGCUGCUUUCGUAAUGCUAACAGGGUCGAAGUUGCUGCUAAUCAACAAGCAGCAUAUAACCAAGCGCACGCUACUUUAUGUUUGGUGGCUACAGACCUUCAAUUUGAUUUCGCAGGAAUGAGUGCUGCUAUGACAGUCCCACCCUACUUGUUUAUCGCCUGCAAUUUGGAUAAUAUCGACGUAGUCGGUAUUAGGGCGCUUGGAUUCCAACUUUACAUUUUUGGAAAUCAAUUCCCGUUGGGUUAG